UCUGGGGUCACUGACGUCUGUGAAGUUGGAGCUCAGAUUACCAAAGCCUUAAAAACAAAGCAGUGAUAGGUAAACUGUGAGUAAUUAAAAAUCUGACAAAAUAUAGAUUAGAAGCACAGUUCAUUUUUAAAAAGCAAGCAAAUGAAUUAGGAUUCAACAGGGAGGGUCUAAAUUUGGAUAUCAGCAGUAUUCUGGCUAACAAUUUAAUCAUUUGGAAAGCUUUGCUGCAAGAGCGUAUUCCGAACACACAACUUUUUUUCAUGAUGUGGUUUAUUGCAACUCUUCUGCUUGUUACUGUUCAGAGCCCACUGAGAGCCAAUGCCUGUGAGGAUACAGACUUGUCUAGGAAUGCAGUCAUUCAUUUCUUCAAGGAGGAAGUGCUGGAUAGCCUGGGAUUGACGGAGCCACCCAUUAAACAACCCAGUCAAAGAGAAUAUCCAGGGCACCCGGCUUAUAACCGAGUGCGACGGGAUACCAAGGCAGAAGAGAGAAGCCUGCAGAUGGACACCUCGCAAGUCAUUCUGCUCCCCAGCACAGAUUGUUCCUGUGCAUCCUCUGAAGGUAAUGGGGCACCAAAGGACUCUCGUCACUUGACCUACUCUUUCCAUCCUUCUGGAAGCACAGUGAAACAAGUAAUAACAUCAGCCCACUUCUGGUUUUUCAAAGGGAAGGACUUAGUCCACCAGCAGGCAACAAAUGGAUCUGAUGUGAUCUUUAUAAUCAGUGGUGAUCAGAAACCACUUGAAGCAGCAGAAAAACCAGAAUGGUGGUCAGAAGAUGGGUGGGCAGUGUAUCUGUUUAACAGACAUAUUCAACGUCAGCUGACACGAGGGCCCUUCAUUGUUGACAUACAUUGCCAGAGCUGCAGUUGCCACUCCAACCCUGACAAAAUCCCAUUUCUCCAGUUACAAAUGCGACCAAAACGCUCAGACCGAUUCCGAAGAUCGAUGAUUCCUUGGUCACCCACUGCCAUAGAUCUACUCCAGCGACCAUCUCCGGACAAAGUCUCAAACAACUGCCACCUGACAGAAGUGAACAUCUCGUUUCAAGAGCUAGGCUGGGAUAAUUGGAUUGUCCAUCCAAAAUCUUUCACAUUCCAGUAUUGCCAUGGUAACUGUUCCACCUUGGACCAAAUGGCCACCAUUCUAGGCCUCAAACAGUGUUGUGUUCCUGUUCCGGGGACCAUGAAAUCACUGCGAUUUCGAACAACAUCUGACGGUGGCUAUUCUUUCAAAUAUGAAACACUACCUAACAUCAUUGCAGAAGAGUGCACUUGUUUGUAGAUAGGGACGAGUGUUCUGAUAUCAUCUGGUGGUGCUCAAUAAAGCCAGUAUCACAGAUAUAGUGAGAAAUCGUACAACUCUUAGAUCUAAUUAGGCAAUAAGCUUGAGCAAAAUUAAAACUUGUUGUGCAUAUUUCCUUUCCAGCUUUGCUAUGAUUUUAAGUCAGUUUAUGGCUAAUUAUUUACUUUAAAACCAAAAUAUGUUUAAAAUGUUUAAAUCAAAUAAAGUGUG